UCUCGCCGCUUGUGGUUUUUUGUUUUUGACCCCGGCGAGCAACAGCCACCGCUGACCGACCGCCAAGGGUGUGGCGUGUUGCUGUCGUGCUCUUCCGGCGCUCGUUGCCUGGUUGGCUGUGCCGCGAGCUCGAGACGUGCCUCGAGACUUGACUGACCCUGACCGCCGUGCACCAGUGGAUUACGCGACUGCCCCCCUCCACCGUCGUCGUCGACUUCGAUAUCGAACACGUGCGCGACGGCCAGGUGGCCCGAGGUAACCUUGUGAGAAGGUUCUGUUCUCUGGCGAGGACCUCCAGUCAAACGCCGAGAUGAGCAGCCAGGCCAAGAUCCGCAGAAAGAAGCAGACGCUCGAGAAGAUCAGCAUGCCCAACUAUAGCCAGAAGGACCCCAAGACCUUCCGCACCAGUAUGCACAUGGAAGUAGUCGACGACAACGACGAAGGCGCGCACGACACGCAGCCCUCGGAGAACGCGAGCACCAUCGUGAUCCAGACGACGCCCAAGAGCCCCGACGGGCCCAGCUCGAGGGGCACGCCCACCGCCGAGCAGCCACAGGAGCAGCGGGACAAGUCGGCCAAGCCCGGCGUAUGGAGCCCGUGGUCGAAUGACACCAGCGUCAGCGGAGUGAAGAUGGAGCAAGCGAACGGUACUCUCAAGGUCAGCGCCGAGGGCGGGAGCGCGUCAUACGCGGCUGACGUCGCGAAUGGCAGCGUCACGCCGGGAUACCGGCCCGUCAAGUUCUCGCCUACGGCGCAUUUGGUGCCGAGUCCGAUUCAGUCGCAGGCACCGCAGGAAACAGGAGCCGCCACUCCACCCUCUCCCACAGCAGCGCUCAAGUCUUGCUGGAAUCCCAUUGUAAGCCAGCUCAAGGAACAGCACUCACCGCGGGCUGAGCAGCACCAGCAGCAGCGGACGCCCCCAUUGAUGCCUGCCGGCACCACAGCAUCCCCACUGAGCACCCCAGGCACACCUCCUACGGUGUAUCCCAUACCGCCACCCCCGCCUGCAUACCCAGCACAACAGCCUCACAGGAGCCCCUCAGGCCUGCCCCCAUCUCAGAGCCCCACAGUCACUCUGCUGCAGAAGGCACGAGAAGGCCAGAUUCCCAAGGGAGCUCUUUAUAUCGAUGACCACCACGACAACUACGCUGCUUGUGGACAGCGCAGAGGUGAUGAGAAGGGCAAAAAAUCACUUGAGAGGGCUUCGACACUGAAACCUGAACACACAAAAAAGCCGCAGCAGAGCACGCAUCCACUGACAACACACCCUCGGCGACCCGGUGCACGACCAAACGAGCCCUAUGUGUACGACCAGAGGGUGACAGUGGAUGGUGACAGGGUGCACACAGACACCUACUAUGCUAUGCCUACAGUGAAGGAGGUGUCAUCGGGACACCGCACCACCAUCCCUGCACCGCCGAAGUACGAGGGCAUUGGGCCCACCAUAAAUGGCAUCCCUGUAGGACUGCGCACUGAGAGGAGGUACCAGAAUGUCAAGGACGAGUAUGCCAGUGAUUGGUACAAGACCAUGUUCAAACGACUACAUAAGUAUGGAAAUGGUGACUACCAGACUGUUGUUGACUACAGAAGGAGAGGUAAUCAACACAGUGAUGGAUACAUGUCGGAGCCAGAUUUCUCAAGAGAUGAUGAUCGGCCCAUGUUUGGUGGGAAGGGAGCCAAGAGGGCCAUCAACAGGAGUUAUGCAAACGGCCUGUCCACAAUGCCUAGCUCCUACAAGAUUCAGCCACGCAGUAUAGAAGAAUAUGAACCUGGCCACUCAUCGAUUGCGGAAAGAGAGGCGGCCUUUAGCUCUCGAUACUUGCCUCCUUUGGACACACCAAAGCCAAAGUACACUCUGAGUGAUGGCUAUGAGUCUGACUCAACACUGAUUCGCAAAACUGGCAGCCGGAUGAAUCAUCUGGACUCUCGUCAGCAGCGGGAGUGGUACAAGGCAGUGCAGCGUGGCGAAGACAUACCACUCGAAGGUCUGGGAAAACCAGCGCCCCAGAAGCCACCAGAGCCCGUCAUUGGACCGUACCCUCCUCCGGACAAUUCUGACCUCGACGAAUAUGAAGCUCAGCUUCACCGGUACCUGGAGUCACAGGUAAACAUUCACUACCAGACACCUGUGCGCACAGAGGAGAAGGAGUACAUUGAUGAAGAUGAGCUUCGUCGGAGGCAAGAAGCUGCUAUGCGAAAGUUUUACGAGGAUGAGUUCCACAAGAAGCAGCAGCGCCAGUCAGCGGAGCUGGAAAUGAGACGUCAUAAUGACAACUUGUUGCCAUCACAAAAGUCGCCGAUCCCGCUCGACCGGUACGAGAACUCUUUUGAGCCGACUGUGAGUCGAACAUACCGACCGUCCGAGCCAAAAACCCUGGCGAAGGUGCUAUACAACUUCUUUGCCCAAUCGCCCAAGGAGAUCAACCUGCGCAAGGGUGACCUUGUGUACAUCAGGCGCAAAGUGGACGCCAACUGGUACGAGGGGGAGCACCACGGCCUCGUCGGCAUCUUCCCCGUCAGUUAUGUCGAGGUGAUCCCUGCUGAAAGUGCACACUUGCAGCCAAAGCGUGCUUUGGAAGGCUUGGCUCGUGCCAAGUUCAAUUUCUCGGCCCAAACACCUGCUGAGCUGUCUCUCUUCAGGGGCGAGACAGUGGUGCUGGUGCGGCGAGUCGACGCCAAUUGGUACGAGGGCCGCAUGGGCACCAAGCGUGGUAUCUGUCCUGCUGCAUACCUUGAGGUCAUAUCGGAGCCACAAGAAAUAGUGCCAACGACUGUGUCACCCAAGCCCCCUGCAAGUCCAGUGUACGGCCCCAUUGUGAGUGAUGCCCGACCCCAGAGGAGUCCAGCCAGCUACAGCCCGCAGGGUCGUCGCAAGGAGAGCCCCCUGCUGACAUCUAGUGCUUUGCACGUGGACAGCUGCGAGCCUAUAUCGUAUCGUGUGCUGUACAGCUACCGGCCUCAGCACGAAGACGAGCUGGAGCUUCGGGAGGGUGACACAGUGCUGGUGAUGGAGAAGUGCGACGAUGGCUGGUACCUGGGAAGCUCGCUGCGCACGGGCCUCUUUGGUACCUUUCCCGGCAAUUACGUCGAACGGAUAUAAGCAGUGCCACGACACGGAGAGUCUAGGAGCAGAAGGUGAUGUCCCUGCUGGUCACCAACCAUUGCACCUCUCAAGCACUGUGUGCUGUGAAGCUUACCUGCAGCUGAUGUUCAUGGCUACCUUUGUUCUUUCGUUGUUAUCUGUCAUUUUUUGCCUUGAGACGGUGAGCGUACUUGCCUUGGCCCACAAGGGGUGUCUUAAUUCCCAUCCGGUUGGUGCCAGACGUCUUCGAGGUGGUGUCUUCGUGACCGCUCAUUGGAUGCCUGUUGCAACUAAUUCUUGACCUGGCUGUGGUCACUUUAGCUGGAGUAAUCAUGAGUGCAUUCAUAGACUAGGUGAGAAAUUAGUAGGGCAUAGUAUGUAUAACUGCAAAAGAAACUAAUAGGCUGUACUUGAAUAGUUUAGGUAUGGUUUUCUCUUUCUUUUUUUCUGUAUAAUUAUUGCAAAUGCUGUCUGUUUUUUAGAACAUUUAUGUCUUGUUGAUUUUGAAGUUUUGUUUUAAUUGUUGCUUUUGAACACUUAUCUCUUUUGGACAGCUUCAAAGUAAGGAGGCGGCAUGCGACUGUUAUUGCUGAGAUGAUUUUAUCCUUGUCGCACAGAAGGCCACUCAUUUUUAUUCAGCCCCCACCUGCAUAAACAUACGGGUUCCAUCUCAUCUUGACAGUGUGAAGACUGAACUAGUGUUGACCAGGAGCGGCAUUUUGCAACAUUGCCAGCCAUGAGCCUAAGCCAUGGCACGCAGUUAUGCGAAACAUUGCGCGUUUAUAGCAUUUGCCUAUGCAUCCUGCGCUCUUCGUCCUUCCAUCUUGUUGGAACAAUUGCAAAGCAUUUGUUCAUAGCGUGCAUGCUUUAAAUCGUAGGUAAACAUACUUUAUUUCAUAAUUGGCAGUUUAGUGUGAAAAGCAGCAUUCUCAAAGUGAAUAUCUAUCGCUUGUUGGCCACGAGUAGACUUGAAGCGCGAAAUGGCACAAGGGACAGGGAACCGGACAUAGACAAGUCUAUGUCUGUGUUGCCUGUUCCCUGUGCUAUUUCACAUUUCAACUGUACUUGUGGUAUACGAACUAGCCUGCUCCCAUGUCUUGUUGGCCACUUUUCGAAGCAUAGCAGGCAUUGCAUUGUCUGUUCAAAAUAGGCACUAUGAAGGGCGGUGGCUGCAGUGGCUUCCAUGUUUUUUUUUUUAUUUGUUACAGCAUUUCUCUAUAAACAAAGCCCCAGGCAUCGCCAUUUUAAAGUGCUGCUAGAAAUUUGUCAUUUACAGGUCACAAGCUUACAGAGACUUUUACUCUCAGUCUUUUGCACACCCUAACAUUUGUAAAUGUUUUUCUCAUAAAAAAAGGUAUUUUUAGUAAAGUACUCGUAGUGGAGAAUUCUGCGAUGGCAUUUUAAUGGCAUAUGUGAUUUAGAUGAGGCGUGGUUACAGUGUUAUGUUGAAAUUCAGUGUUGUCAUCAGAUUUUUUUGAAACUGUCAUUGCUUACGUCAUGACUUGAUUUAGUUUCACUACAUCAUUGCCUGGCAUGCUUGUAGUACGGUUGAGAAUUGACAGUGGUAGAAAAUGUCAGGUUUUAUUUUCAGAGGCAUUUUACACGUGGCAGAAUUCAGGCUGAGAAGUUGCUUGCAUUCCUUACAAAAUUUGGUCACUAAAUGGGCCGACAUCUUUAGUUAGUACAGAAGUGGUGCUGCUAGGGAACAGCACGGAAUUGUGUUUCCAAAAAACUGUGGUGGAAGAUUUUUUAUGAGAGUUCAGAAGCCAGUUGAUUACAUGCAUGAAAAGGGCAAUGCUAGCCUUCAUUCAGUUCAGCCUUACAGUGGCUCUGAUGUUUUGUCGCCACUUUCGCAGCACUUGCAUGUAAUGUCUGUUGAGCACUUUUCUUUUUGUGUGCAUAUUUGCAUAUUUAUAUGAAGUGCUUUGUACCUUUAGGAAUAAUUCUUUUAUUGUUUACAUCUGGACAAAAAACAGUUUUUUUUAACCUCUCCAUAAAACUGCCACAGCAUCAUGUCCUUUUGAACGUAAAGCGUAGCUGCUCCUCAGUAUUCAAUUUAGAACUUAUAGUUGGUAAGUUACAGCAUCUUCUAUUAAAAUUAUUGGGCUUUUAUUCAUUCUUUAGAGAAGAAUGGUGUGAUGCUUUACGAUAGUGGUUUUUAAAGCUUUUGGGAAAAUGUAGUAGCAUGUGUAGGUUGCAGAAUGUUUAGGCAGCUUUUUUGACACAUUUUUGAACUUCAGAAGCUCGAGUGCCAAGCCCUCUGAGUGAGAAAGUUUGCUCUUGGCUGCUCCCUGUCUCUCGUAGUGUUUUUGUAAGGCACCAUACGGAAAGACUACGUCGAAUUUGUACAAGUAACUUUUAACAGAGUACUUCCCCAGUAUUUUGUCUAAGCCAAAGACUCUGUUUUUACCCAAUGCUAAGCCAUCUUGUGAUUCUUGUUGGUGGUUCUUGUCAAGUGUCCAGAUCAAGCAAAAGGUUGUGUUCUCGUAUGCCUUCCAGGCUGUGAAUGCACAUUAGCAACAUUCAGCUUUGUACGAUGGCAGCCUCUGUGCAGAUUUCGUUAAUAAGUUUUACAUGAAUGUAUGACAAUUAAUGUGCUCACACACUAUCUUGUGCAUUCUGUUUAUCAUGUGCGCACAUACCGGUACAUAACUUUAAAACUUUGCAAGGCACCUACGAGUCAUGUAUUUUUUGUCUGUGGUGGCCUAAUUGCUGCAUAAAGAAAAUUUUUGUGUCGUAAGCAUUGCAUAAACCUGCUAAUAUUCGUGCGCACAUGGGCCAGGUAGUGGUUGUAUUCUGUUUCUGAUCAUGUGUUGAUUAUUUUUGUUCAUCGUAAUUGUCUUGGGCACUGCAUCGCCGGCAUCAUUGCCAGAACUGGCAUGAGGCCCAAUAACAGUGGAAUGGAAUCUAAUGAAGAGAAUCUUUGUAUUAUUUUGGUGCUGCUUAACCUCUUGUAUUCCUCGCAGAUACACAAAUCAACCUAGAAUGCUUAUCAUCUCGUGCAACAUGUCUGUUUCCUCUCUGAUGGUUUGUGUCCAGAAUCACCAGAAACGGGUGCAAAAAAAAAAAGAAAAAUGUGCCUCUAGAGUGCCUUGUGUUGCUGGAGAAUGACGUCCAAACGUUAUCUACACUGUGUGCUGGCAGACCAAACGUUGUAUGUUUGUAUAGAAUCGUUUGUGUUUGAAUAAUUUGGUUAAAUACUGGCGAUUUUUCUUUGUGUAUAAGUAUUUAGUCACUGCCUCCAUGUUUUGAGGUCUGUAUGCAGGAACGCUGAGAGGACAAGAGGGGUGUGCUUUUUAGGGAAACAAACAUUGUUCAUUAAGCUAGUCAUUGAGCAGUUGAUGUAGCCAAAAGGCCACUGAUAUCUUUCCUGAUGAAAAUUGCUAAGUAGAAGCUAUCUGGGAGAGUACAAUAUAAUCUAAGGUGGAAGUCAAAGCUUUUGGGUAGAGUUUCAUAGUUGCAUGUUAAUUAUUUUAUGUUGAGCCUAAGCUAAGUGCCCUACUGCUUAUAUAAGCCUUGGUGGCUCUGCAGGACUGUGCACAGUGGUAGUUCCUUAAUGAAAAACACAGGCAGAUAGAAUAGAGUAUUUAUAUCUUUUCCUACUGUCACAAGUAUUAUUUUGCGCACUUGACUGCCAGCUAUUGGUGUCAUUUAACAGUACAAAUAAUAAGAGACUUUGCAGCUGUGCACAACCGCUGUUUGAUUUCCCUUGCAGUCAUUCAUACACUGCAGGGAAAUGUAGAUACAGAGCACAAUGAGAAGUUGUUGGCUGGGCUGAACGCAUGAGCCGGCAAACUUGAAUAUCCCGAAAGUGCAGUAAAAGUAUACAACACAUCACUUCCUGCUGAGCUGGAAAGGCAGCAAAGUGGAAAUAGCCUAUUUUACAUUAAUAUUGCAUGAAGCCACUAUGUAACAUGUGCACUCUCACUUCAUUCACGUAUUUUCAAAAAGCACAAAAAGAGUACUAGAAGAUUAUCACCUGUUAGGUAGCAACUGUGUGAAACACUUGCUGCCUGAAAAAGAAAAAGUGUUCUCCGUCUUGUCAAGUUUGGCCCACAGAUAUUGGUGGCUGCAGUGCAAGUACAGUAGGAACAUUUAUUUAUAUUUUAUUUUUAUGAAAAUUCGGUGUGCAUUAGAAUCGGACCUUUCUCUGCGUUCAAUAAGAAGGGAAUGAGGAGGACUUGCAUCACCGUAUGCUUCAGCUGUGCUAGUAAUGUCCUUGUGUUUUAAAUAUUCACACUAUGAUGGACGAUGCUGCCCAUAUGGUGAGCUGCUAAGCUGGUUUAACUAGGAACAGCUCCAACUGCACACAAUUUCUCACUGCAUUGGACACACAUGAUUGUGUGCUUGAGUGAUAUUAAUCAUUAUUGCUGCACUUACAUGCCUAACAUCCCACACUAUUCACAUCAUUUCUCAUGAACUUAUCAUAUUACAGUGUCUGAUAAGUGUUAAGUCCCAUGCCGAAUGUGUAACAGGCAUAGCUGACUUUGUUUUGUCACUAGCUUUGUUUUGUCUCAGGCAAAAAAAAAAGAAAUCCACACUACUCUGCACAGUUGUAGCUAACACCUUUGUGUUAUUGAACCUUUGUUAUAUUGCAACAGAUGACUGUAAAUGUUUUUCAUGAUAAUGCACUGUCUUUGUAAUCAUAGAUACUCGCGCAUUUGUUUAAAACCUCCUCUCUGCCAUUGUCUACAUUUCUGGACAUCAAGUUUAAGGUUUCAUACUUUUGAGUGACUUGCUGAAAUUUAAUCCUCUAGCGUCUCAUGGAGCACGCACAUGACAUAUAGCAUGCUGGCUCAGGUGUAAUAAUUUUAAUGCCAAUGAACGGUACUGGUCCAUAAGAGUAUGGUUUGAUGAUAAUGUAGACUUUGGCAGUGACAAGGUUGUAAAGACGAGGAAACUGCUUCUUUCCACGGCGCAGUCAUUUGAAAGACAUAACGAAGGCGUCAUUUGUGCCAACUUGAUAGCGCGCGGUGCAAGCAAAAAUCUUUUUUUUUUCUUUCUGGAUACAUGGGUGAUCAAUGGCAUUGCACAAAUGUAAUAAGUCUAAUCUUGAUAUAACGAACACAGAUAUAAACGAUAAUUUUGUUGGGCAUGCUUUAUUUCAUUAAGUAUUCUAUUGCUAUAACGAAACUCCAAAAUGAGAGGUAAUAUUGGUUACAGUAGAGCAAGUAUUUGUUUUCUCGUAGCUUAGAAUAUGAAUUGUGGUAGCAAAAUUGUGAGCAAGAGCAAACAGCACAGUCUAGAUGUGCAUGUGUCUCCUGCCCAACAGCGCUGGCUUGGCCUCUUGAAGUUUGGAAGCUAAUGUUUGGUGCCCAAGUGACCACAGUAAUCACAUGGUUAUGUAUAUUAAUGAUGAUGUAAAGUGCAUUUAUAAUUUCGCAUUGUUCAUGUGUUACGUAUUAGCACGUAUUGGCACGGUAAGCCGCUGACGUGCCGUAAAGGUUGACAGGUGACCCUCUGCUGACCCAUCAGAGGCAUCACAUUUGCACUUCCAUUGCAUAGGCCCAAUCAUAAUUAUUUUCACCUAUACCAAUGUGUACACUUAUAAUGAGUAUAGGAUAUAAUGAAGGUAUUUCUGUGUCAGAUUCGACUUUGUUAUAACGAGGUGCGAUUGUAAAUGAUGUGAGGGUGAGCAUUGGUUUUGUGACAAUGUCCACUUUUUCGUAGUUCAUGCCAUGUGGUUUGUGACACAUUACGAUGACUUGAUAUCCUCUCUUGCUUUGUGCACCAGGUGUUUUGUCAGUUUAGCACUGUUGUUUUGCUCUACUAAAUGUGAUGAACUUUUGUUCCGUUGUGGGAACUACCGAUGUAAUUGUUGAUGCUGCUUGUGCUUUUUGUAGUCUUUCCAAUCCGUCCUAUUGAGGUAGCUUCACUCUUAAUCACUGCUGCCCAUUUUACGGCACUGAAACCUCUCUGCAGCACUAAUUUAAUAUAAGCGCUUGGCAGCCGCGAUUAUUCCUCCUUUGUACAUUGCACACAAGAAGUACCAGUAUGUGUUUUUUGUCUUAGUACGACAGUCAUCCUGAAAUAGAGCUGCUUGUUUUGUGACUGACAGCAUAGUUACUGGCCUCCACAAACAUGCGAAAUUCUGGAUCUCAUUUUUAAGAAUGAGAAUCUGCAUUUUUUUUUGGCUUCGUGCUUAAACGCAAGUUUUAACUGGAUAUUUGAGCUGAUUUGGCAUCUUUGCAGCCGCUUUGCUUGGCAACAUUAAGUAGGACUCGUUCACCUGAGAGCAUAUCAGAUGUGUUUGUUUCUUGCUAGAACCAACCAAAGGAAUUGCAAAGCCUGCAUGUCUGUGACCUUUUUGUUUAAGUUGGCUCACCAAUGCGUGCUUGUGUGCAAAAAGGUGUAGACAUUGACUGCAUACAAGGUUGGUAGUUGAGAUUUAUAGCUCUAUAAAUCGCAGGGUCUUGGUACGGCAUGCAGCACAAGAGCACUGCAUGCACAGUUGGUUCCAACUUGUCUGUGAAUGCCCAGUCAUGCUAAACCAGCACUGGACAGUGUGUAAGGACCACAUUUCUGGCCUGUUUCAAUUCGUCAUAAAAAGAUGCAAUUGCAGCCAGCAAAAAUGAAGGGAGUGGCAGUGGUGCUUCAUAGAACUCUUUUCCUUGUGUGAAAUAGAACUUGUUGGAGGCUACUAGUUAGGCUGUAUGCCCUGUCUGAAUGUGUCUGCAGAACUUGGUUUUGAAAGAAAAUGUUUUUGGAGCAGUUUCGUCAAACCUUCCUCGUAUGAUUUAGUGGCACCAUCUGGAGCAACAUCAGCUGUCGACCAGUCGCACUGUAUCACUUGUCUUUGCUUUUUUGAAAAGUUGUGUGUGUCACCUGCUCGUGGUGUGUCUGUGCGUUUUGCUACUGGAAGUAAUCGCAAAUAUAGUGCCUACGGUAUUUGGAGAGAAGAGCUUCAAAUAAGAACAUGGCCAGGCUUGCAUGUGGCUAUGCCAAACACAGUGGAGGAUUUGCUGGAGCUGGACCGUGGCAUCAUCUGUCACUGCAGUGGUGAAAAAAAGUGCACGCAGGGUUUUGCUCGUAACCAAUUGUGUUGCUCUAGCAAUCACAGAUGGCACAACCAUUCUGUUCCCGCAAAUUCUCUUUUUGCCAGCAUUGUUGCAGGCAAACACAUAGUACUUUAUUCUGAAGGAACGAAAUGGGCAAGUAAUGCACCUAGACGUGAUAUUAAAAUGCAUCCACCAUGAAAUGCCUCUUCUGCGUGAAGUUUGAGUGCAAAUGAGCCAGGCAGUUUAUGAGGUAAUGUACACUUGCAGUCACAUUUAUGCAACAUUUUGUCUGUACAAGAGCAAGGAAGUGAGAUCCUAAUUGUGUACAGGCGAUGUUCUUAUUGUUGAAGCUCAUGAAUGCAACCGCUAAUGCUUUUUCUUAUGUCAAUGUUACUGUGCUGCUUUGCAUCAAAUUAAUGCACUAAGAAAAAGAUAUGGCAUAGUGCUGCCCUUGUUAGGUGCACAUCAUAGUGCCCGGUGAGCUGCAAUGUAUUCGACGCCAUCUAGUCAUGGAGUUACCACGACCCCUCUUAAUCAUUGUUGAGGAGUGGUCUGUGCUAUGCAGUAUAUUGUCUGCGAGAUUGUUUAUCUACUCUGUUGGACGUGUGUAGCCAUGGCUGGUACGAUGCACCCUUUCUGUGACUGUUGUAGUUUUUUUUUUUUUUAUGCUCGAAUAAAGUUCAUUUCGUCCGCGUUUA